CUCCCGUAGGGGGGGAGGGGGGCGCGGUGGGAGAGCCGCCACCCCCCGGGAUCUGGAUGAGGCCUGGGAAGGGCAGGCCGCAGGAGGCGGAGGAUGUGCAACCCCCACCCCCCGACCACAGUACAGAGCCUGACCCUGCCCCAACGUCCCCCCCGGAAGCAGAGCAGCCCCCCGCACAGGGCGCCGAGGACGAGGCGGUGGCACGGGAGCUGGAGCAGCUCUACCUGUCCCACCUGCGCCGGCUGCRGGGGGACACCGGCGACAGCGAACCCUCCCCGAGAAACGGGGACCCUCCCCUCCCCGAGAGAGCCCCCAACACGUCGCUGGCCAACGAGAUGGCACUCCGCUAUGAGGGGGGGGGACGGUGCAGCCCCCCGGUGCUGCUGGGGAGGGGGGGGCCGGUGGAGGGGGCUCUGGUGGUACCGGCACGGCCUCCCCGGGGACGGGGGACCAGUUUGGGGGGCGCGCUCAGGGGGUGCGGGGUGGUCCUGGCCUUGGCCGUGCUGGUGCCGGUGGCCUGGGGGGACGGAGGGGGSCCCACGGCCGCGCUGGCCUUGGGGCUCUACCUGGCACUGGCCUGGCUCACGUGAGGAGCGGGGGAGCCCAAUUGUCACCACCCAAAAUUGUCACCACSCAAAUCGUCACAGCACCCUUCCCCCCCAUUUCACCCCUGAAAACAUGGGACACUCCUCAAUCAGUGGAGGGGGGAGGCUGAGUUGCGGUGUGGGGUGAUGGAAGGGCACCUCCAAAUUGCCCCCCCGGGGGUGGGGGCACUGUCACUUUGUGGGACCCCUCCGACACUGUGUGCACCCUCCCCCCCGGGUUUUGGGGCGCCCCUAUGUACAUACAGCCAUGGAACGAUGGUGUCCCCGAGUUAUUGUC